CUGUAUCUCUUACAAUUAUAAAUUGCCUUCCUAAGUAUUGUAGGAAACAUUGUGGACUCCUCCCUCCGUUCCUCUUCUCCUCCCACCUAAAUCCUAGUGCUCUCCUUGUCCGGUCCUUCCUUCUCCAUCCCACCAAAAUCCUUGUGUAAUGUCGACUAUUUCCAUGGAUCCUCAAGUCUACAGGGCUGCAAAGCUUGGUAAAACUACACUUCUCCAGGAUGUAGUGGAUGAAGAUUCUAGCCGACUGCUGAGAGUAACUCCAAAUAAGAACACAGCCCUUCACGUCUCUGUGAGGUUUGGUCACAGAGAGUUUGUAAAGAAAGUGUACUUUGCUCUUCUUCAACACAAUUCAAGUUUAGAAGGCAGCACGGAGUACAGCAAAAGCCUAUCUCUUCUCACACAGGUGAAUUCAGAAGGUGAUACUGCCCUUCAUGUAGCAGCCAGAGAAGGCCACGCUUCCAUUGCUAAAUUUCUAAUUGAAAAGAUUAAGCCUUGGCCUUCUGACCAUGACAUUGAAAGUGGAAGUAGUAGUUUACUUGUUCCUGAGAAAAUAAGGAUGAGAAAUGAAAGCAAAAACACAGCCCUGCAUGAAGCUGUGCAAAGAAAUGACCUUGAGAUGGUGAAGUUGCUGACUGAGGUUGAUCCUGAUUUAGGGCAUCCCAACUAUGAUGUUGAUGUGGAUGGAUGUCGGGAGUCUCCACUCUAUUUGGCUGCCAAAGAUGGACACUUGGAUAUUCUCAACCAUAUCUUUCUCAUUUGUCCAUCUCCAGCUCACGGUGGACCAUAUGGCCGGACAGCUUUACAUGUGGCUGUCGUUGAGGAGAGGCUAGAUGUGGUGAAAAUACUCUUAGAGAAGAAGGGAGAAGUACUUGUGAAUAAAGCAGAUAAAGAUGGAAGGACGGCUCUCCACUAUGCAGUGUCCAAUAGAUAUAAAAACGUCCUCGAACAGUUGUUAUCCAAUAGAUACAACAUCCUCAAGAUAGUACAACAGUUGUUAAGGCAUGAUACUUCCAGUGCGUAUAAAUUGGAUAAAGAUGGUCUCUCACCACUUCACAUAGCUGCACUUGAAUCAAGCAUUGAGGUAUUUCGAGAACUCAUCCAAUGGUGUCCAGAUUCGGGGGAGUUGCUGGACAACAAGCGUCGUAAUGUUCUUCACUUUGCCGUGAUGAGUAAGGACUUCAAGAAAAUCUGGUUUGCCUUCAAGCAGCAAGAGCUUCAGGAACUCAUAAACAAGACAGAUGAUGAUAGAAACACCCCAUUACACCUUGCAGCAACACAAGGCUUUAUCUGGCAUAUUAUAGCUUUUCGUUCAAAUAGAAGAGUAGACGUAAAAGCGACGAACAACAAGGGUCAGACAGCUACUGAAAAUUUUCAAUUGAUCCCUUUCCAAUGCACAAUCUUUUCUUUGAUUCACCAAAUGUGGGCUAGAAUUUGGUUGCCACGGGAUGCAAUAGGAGUAAGAGGAGAGAAAAAAUGGAUGAUAGGAGUAAACAAGGAGCAAUUGCAAAUACGCUCUGACCACAAAGAGAAAGAGGAAGAGGACGAGGUGCAACUAGGCAAUAAGCCAGAGAAAGUUGCAGCAACAACAACAAAGAUUACACAGAGCCAAAAGGAAAUGGGGCAAAUCCUCCAGAUAGUAGCGUCUCUUAUUGCAGCUGCGGCCUUCACAGCAGUUGUACAAGUCCCCGGUGGCUACAGUAGCAAUAAUGGAAAGCCGAUACUCCAGGACAAUGGACACUUCCAAAAAUUUAUACAUUUGGAUAUUGCUGCUUUGAAUCUGUCGAUUUUUAGUUUGAUUCUCUUGUUCACGGCCUCACUUGGCGAACAUUUAUAUUCUUCAUCGUUGGUAAUUUGUACAGUUCUUGUAUACCUCGCCCUUAUCUUCUUUACAGGAGCGUUCCUGGAGGGCUUGAUAGCAGUAUUACCAAGUCAUGGCUUUCCUGAUUUUAAUCGUUAUGAGAUUUCAUUACAGACCUUUAUUUCAAGCAUUGGAGCCACUACUUUCACCCAUACUGUGGGAAUUGUAGUGUUCCUCGUAUGGCUUGAAAUUUUGAUUUCUUGCACGAUUUCAUUGGAUUACGUUCAACUUAUAACUUCUGCAUUUAUAUAUUACCUUCAUCCUCUUUUCCACAGAAAGAAGGAAGAAGAAGAAGAAGAAGAAGAAGAAGAAGAAAAUGUGUUGUAGUUUUUUUCUGUAUUUGCUAGAUUGGUAUUUUGAAGUGAUUAAUUGUGUCAAUGUAUUCCUAAGUGAUUAAUUGUGUCAAUGUAUUCCUGUGAAUGAUCUUCUGUUUCAUUUUAUUGGAAAUCAUAUCGUUGUGGUUUGUCCCACA